AUGAGGUUUCAAUCUCUUCUUGCGUUCCCCAUCUCUCUUGCACUUCUCUGGAGUGCUGCUGGUCCAUUUACCAAUGCAGCGCCCGCUCCUCUGCCUCCUGGUGCCGCAGUUACAACGACCAUUGAGCUCCCUAGACAGAUUGAGCAUGUUUUAUACAGUACAGACGUCGAAGAUGUCAAUGUCACUACCAAUCAUCUUGUUCGCCGCGGUUGCUUCCCCAGCAAAGAAGAAGAAGACGAUAUAGGCCCCACGACAUGCGAUGGUAGCGUUCCCCCACUCGAGGAACUGCAAACUCAGAUCCAGCGCUGGGGCCAAGUAGCUACCAGAAGACCCGCCUUCUAUACUGCUCUUGGGGCAGGCGGGGCGAUCAAGACAAGCAAGUGCUGGGUCCAAACGCACCCUGACCUGAUUGCGCCGGUCCCAAACCCGCAGGGUAACCUUGGCGCGGUAUUCUUCGAUGAUAUCGUGGACAAACGUUACGAAGCAGCCAUCUGGCCCGCCUUGAGCGCGGGCAGACAAGUCAGCUAUCAGAAACUACUCAGUCAAGCCAUGGCUAUGGAGAGUCAAGGAGAAGUGUGGAUCUUUACAAAAGCCGAUGUAAACUUCGAUACGCUCAACCAAGACAACACUUGGAAGAACUGGGAGCUCCCAGCUCUUACUCGCAAUGACAAGGUAGAGAGGAUCCUCCGCACCGAUCCCACUGAUGAGAGUGACCCGCCAAUCGUCCAGGAAAUUUGGAAGAGGGGCGAUCCACCCACGGCCAAUGAGCCACGAGGAUUGGUAGAGUUUUGA